AUGACUGACACCUGCAAACUGAUUAGCCUCGGAUCAAUAAGAUGUUGGGAUGUGUCUGUACCCAGCUACCUGAGAUUUCAUACUGUCGCUAUUUCUCCAACUAAGCCCUCAACUUCCACUAAUCUUCAUCCUCAACUGAUAAGACCCCUAUAUGAAAAGAUAAAUAAGCAAUUAACCAAGAUGUCUAACAUGUAUUGCCGCACCAUCCGACCUGAUGACCUUAGCCCCCUGAGGCGCCAGUACGAGCAGGUCUUCCAGUACCGCCAUGACGACUUCAUCGACGCAAUAAUCUACUAG